GCCAAUCAGAUCCAGGCUCGACUCGUCCACGCCCAAGAGUGCACUCGAUUUAAGGCUCGGAGUAGCCCGGCCGGUCAAAACAACUCAUUCAUAUGAUUUAACGCAGGCUGCUCGUCUUGCGUGGACGCACCCAGGUAGAUACGAACUGUAUCAGGUAUCCGUCGGUGCAUCCCUUGCACAAAUGCACCUGCUUUCAAAGGUUCAGGGCGCCGCCACGAGUGCAGUGUCAAUGAAUGAAAUGUCAGUUUUUGCUCAAAUAAGUGGAUUUGGAUGGAGAAAAUUUCACUUGAUGAGAUAUUUCUUGAUGAUCUGAAUGGCGGUGGCAAAUAACGAGGUUAUGAAGCCUCAGGAGGGAGAGCUAGUCAGUGAGAUCUCCAAGGCUGUGGAAAUACUUUUCCUUUCUGAGGACAGUGGUCACCUACACACCCAGCUCCAGGGCCUGGUGUCAGAGCUGAAGGUGGGCUUCUCCAGUGCUCUGUAUGAGCUGAGUCAGAUCCAGCAUGGAGACAGUGAUAUCAGGGAGGAGGUGGGAGAAGCCCGGAGGAGCUGUGAGAGAAAGGCCCUGCGCAUGGAGACCCUGGUUGAAUCUCUCAGGGAUGAACUGGGAGAGAUGCGUUGCCAGAUCCUGCAACUCUGUGGUAGCAACAGGCAGAGGUCUCCUAUACAGCAGGAGGUAAAGGUGACACAAUCCGCUCUGGCAACCCAGAGAGACAGCGAUACAGGUCUUGUGGUGAAUGGGAGGAGCCACUGUGAGUGCAGUGCCAGCAGCAGCACAUCCUCCUCUUCGAACCGGGGCAGAGUCCUGCUCCACUGCUACCUACAGGGGCUCAAGGCAGGGAUGUAUGAGGGGACAGAUGCAAGGCACCAAGUGACGAUGCAGCUUCUCCACUCGGAAUGGGAAUACGUGUCGACCUUAAACCAGCUCUACGACAAGUACAGAACACCUCCUGCUCUGCAGAUGGACCUGGAGCCAUAUCAGAAUUACCUGAAGUUUGUGGAGGAGUUGCUGCAGCGCCACCUUCUGUUCAGAAACACUCUGGAGCAGAGGUUGUCUGCUCACGACUGGAAAGGCCUUGUGGGAGACAUCUUUGUCCAACUCGUAGGCCACAAUGAUUCAUCUUUCUUGGACAUAUACCACGGAUACACGGCAGCGCUGGCCACGUUUCUUUCUAUAGAAUUCAACAGAAUAAUGCUCAAUGGGACAAUACAAAGCACACAGAGCUAUACGAAGGAAAGAGAGGAGGUUCAACUGUUCUCUCUGCUGUUGGCGCCAGUGUCUCGAAUCCACAGCUACCUAACCCUCAUUCAGAGUCUGUUGCAGUGGACUGACAGCGAUCACCCAGACUGCAGCCUCCUCCAGGGGUCAGAGAGGGUCCUGAGGAACAUCCUUUCCCGCUGUCACCUCAUCCUGGAGGACGAUGUUCGAUGGGGAGACGGAGGAAGAAUGGCCGGGCCCAGUGGCAGCUGCUCUGCCUGCCCCUGUGCCAAGUCGUGCGAUCACAGAAGCCAGCUCUGCCCUGCCACGGACACACAGAAACACAGACAGGAGUCUGCUGGGAAACGAGAGGAACAACAGCCACGUCUAUCUAACUGUGCCGCCGGCUGCCAGAGCAUGCCUGUUGCCCGUUGGUCUACUGGUACUGUACGGAAGAAGAGCUGUUACAGAGACAGGACAGGGGGGACCUUCCAGUCUCAUCUCCAUGACUCCUGCGGCCUGGCCGGACUGGUCUACGGUGGGGACAUCAGCGCCUUCCUCCAUACGGCACCCCCUGGGUGGGGGGACAGCGACUCUGGACAGGAGUCUCCUAGCCAGGCUACGGGGGUUAAGGUACACGGACACGGCCCUCAGACCCCUGGUCCUCACAUGGUCCAGAGAAGCACUGAUGACUGUGACACGGAGGAGGACGUUGGGGACACCUCCGUGUUCGACUACUCCUCCGUCACCACCUGUAGCCCAGACGGGACCCUGAGGAGGGAGGGGGAAGCGAGUAAUACCGAGGAGGAGGACGAGGAAGAGGACACAGACAGUCAGGUGCCUGUUCUGUUGAAGCCCUCGUACACACAGCAGCAGCAGUUGCUGAGGGAUUCGCCCAGAGAACGGACGGUAUGUCUGAGGUGGCAGAUACCCAGGCUGCCGUACCCUUCUUCUCGAAGUCCUCGACACCAGGCAGGACCAGCGGGCCUGGAGGGACAGGGACAGACAUCAGGGCCAGCAGGACCCUAUGGGAACAGAGUCAUCAACAUCACUAAGGGACCACCUCCUCUCAUCCCCACCAGUGUCUUCAGACCCAUCUGGGAUGAACCACCAAAACAGGAAGAUGCAGCACCCGUUAAGGAAAAUACACCACAAGGCUUCAGACCGGUUCAAGCCACUGAGAGGCAGACAUUUCCUAACUUCAAAAAGCUAAGGUUCGAAACCCAGCCGAGAGUUGGCCACGUCAAGGCAGGAGCCAUGGGGGGUGUUGCAGUGUGGGAUGAGAGUGAGGAGGACAGUGAGGGGCCCUGCAGCACCGUAUGAGAGAGGGAGACUGUGAGACCAACUUAGAAGUUUUCAGCACUAUUUGAGAGAUCAACCGACCAAGACUACAGCCCUGUGUGAGAGGGAUUCAUCUAAGAGACCAGCCCAACAGUCUGCAGCACUGUGUGAGAGAGGGAUUCAUCUAAGAGACCAGCCCAACAGUCUACAGCACUGUGUGAGAGAGGGAUUCAUCUAAGAGACCAGCCCAACAGUCUGCAGCACUGUGUGAGAGAGGGAUUCAUCUAAGAGACCAGCCCAACAGUCUGCAGCGCCGUGUGAGAUAGACCAUCUGAAAGACUGUCUGACAGACUAACCCAGAGGUCUACAGCACUGUGGGACACCAAACGAGCAAUCAGAACAGCAACCAAAUCUCUUGCAUGCUGGCUACUUAAUUAGCAUUUAUGGUCUGUCACGAGACCAACCCAGAGGACUAACAGCACUGUGUGAGAGAGACCAUCAUUUGAGAGACCAACCCAUGAGGUCUGCAGUACUGCGUGAGAGAGAGAAAGAGAGAGAAAAAUAGAUACUGUACUGCGUGAGCGAGAGACUUUGUACUGCAUGUGUGAGAGAUAAUUUGUACUGUGUGUGUGAGAGAUAAUUUGUACUGUGUGUGUGAGAGAUAAUUUGUACUGUGUGUGUGAGAGAUAAUUUGUACGGUGUGUGUGAGAGAUAAUUUGUACUGUCUGUGUGUCAGAUAAUUGGUACUGUGUGUGUGUGAGAGAGAGAGAUAAUCCUGAUCACAGACGGUCUGAGGUCUGCAACAAAAAAAACAAUAACAAUGGUGGUGGGGUGGCCAGUGACGUCGUUUCCCCCCAACUGCAGAUUCCAUCUUUAAGGUCUUCACUGCAGCAUCAUCUGAAAGAUUGACCAGCCUGCAUGACUUAGCAUUACACACAAGACAUCCCUGUAACAGCCCAGUGCCCCUAAAGAGAAUAAAGUGGAUACGAAACAUCCUGAAACAAGAAGAAACGAUUUGGACUCAUUCCAGAUCAGUCGCUCUGACCAAAACAGAGGUCCUGAAAAAAAAGACAUUCAGGAGAAAUGAGAAGAAGUGUGUCCCAAAUGGCACCCAAUUCUCUGUUUACAAGAAACUGUAAUUUUCAGGUAACUGUAAUUUUCAGGUAACUGUAAUUUUCAGGUAACUGUAAUUUUCAGGUAACUGUAAUUUUCAGGUAAUUGUAAUUUUCAGGUAAUUGUAAUAACACAUUCUAACGUCACAUUUUAUCACAUAGUUGAAUAAAGUUCAGCGUUAUGGAGGAUUUCCA